AUGCGCUCAUUCAUCAUCUCUUCUGCCCUCUUGGUCAUUCUCGUCCAAUGCGGAUAUCCAGUUGUCGAGAACAGUUAUCCAACAACUCCAAGUUAUCCAACUCCACCACCAUCGUAUCCAGUUCCAAAGAAGUAUCCAGUUGCUCCAACUUAUCCAUCCCCUCCAACAUAUUCCGCCGCUGCUUCAUCAACAUCUUCAUCAUCCGACGUAUCUAGCUUCUUCAAUGAAGAAGACAAUGCCGUUGAUACGGAGUCAUCAUCUAAUUCUGAAUAUCGUAAACGAGCAAAGGCCCGUACUGCCCACAACCGUCAAUUCCAACGUCGUGCACUUCAACCGAUCAGAAGAUUCCAACAGAAAAAGCAGUAG